AUGAUGGUCUCCAUGCGCGGUUGGGGCCCGGUGCCAAAGCCAUUCUCGACGCCCGCCAGCCCCCAGCACCAGUCGCCCCUGUUUGCGACAUUGCCCGUCGAGAUCCGCCGCCACAUCUACAUGCAGCUCUGGCUGGACUGCGGCCUGACGCAGCACAUCCUGGUCCUCGCCCCAAAGUCGUACCUCCAGAGCUUCCCGUGUGUUCUGAGUCGAGAGGAGCUCGACCGGGAGCCCGGCCCUCCUCCUCGUCCUCCUCCUCCUCCUGCUGACGUGGCUGAUGAUUCCGACCCGAAUGACGAGGAUGGUGAAGCAGACCAGUCGCAACCAUACGACGACCCGGGGGAUAUCAACGGCGCGCUCCAGGACCUGAGCGCCGGUGACGCCACGCAGCCGCCCGACACCCCGUGGUGCGUGCACCUCGCGUGCUUCCGGCGCUGGUCCCGGAAGUGGGACCACUCCUUCUCGAGCAUGUACACGGCCUGCUACAGGCGCGACCACCGGGGCUGGCGCGACCUGGCGGGCAGCCCGGUCCUCACCGCAUUCCUGGUGUGCAGGCGGGUGCACGCCGAGGCGAGCGAGUCGCUCUUCUCGAGCGUGCGGUUUUCAUUCACCAGCUUGACUGCCAUGAGGGUGUUCGUGAGCCAGGUUCCGCGGUCGCUGGUGGCGAGGGUCCGGUUCGCUGAUAUCGUGGCCGCCGACCUCGGGUUCCUAUCCGAUAUGGCCGGUGGCACUGUCGACGACCGCACGCCUGCCCAGCAGGUGUACGAGACACUGAGAGAGUCGUUCCCAAGCCUCCGAGAGCUCCGCGUAACCCUGCACCCCAGCCGCCUCGGCGAGGUCAUCCCCGGGCCGCACGCCCUCGAGCCCCUGCACGCCCUGGCGCAUGAGAUGGGCAGCAGCCUGCGCAGGUUCGAGGUCUUCCUCCCGGCCAGGUGCGACGGUGUCGGCAGCAGCAGCAGCGAGCUCUGCUACGGCGAGGCGCCGCCGUCGCUGCGGGGCGCGCCGUUCACGGUCAGGCUUGUGCCCCCCGGCUGGCAUGAGGCUGACGACUGCGAGCCGUUUGAGUGCCCGGUCGGGUCUUUGCAGGGUUAG